CGCUGGCCAAUCACACCGGACACUAUAUUAGGACGACAACACAAAACAAGUGCAUCGAAGCGGACGGUUUGCGUUAAAAUUACAGAUUCGGUGUCAAUAUAGUUAUUAGGGCCUAAAUAAAACGCUGACAUUCAUUAAUUAUGUUUUUUGACUUGCAUUUAAUUCAAUGUUUGGUCCAGUACCGCGAAACAAAUAACGCCAACGUCGCAGGCUUGCUCAGACGGUCCCAAUAUUGCUAACCGUUAAUUCUCUGACGACAUUAACUGUUAGCUCGCUUGCCGACAGGACGCGCUUGGUCUGUUGUUGUACGCAGGAUGCCAGUUGUCACUCUACACUGACCGUCCUGUCAGUCUGCAGACUGCGAUGGAUGCUGUAACAUGCUAGAACCAUGUUCAAAAAUGUUUUCGGCUCAGGGUUUCUGGUGAGAACAGCUCAUGUGAUUCUGACAUGGGUCAUAACGUUAAUACUCUUUCUACAUGAUACAGAGCUGAGGAAGCAGGAGGAGACAGGCCAGCUCGUCCAGCCGGUGCUCUUCGUCCUGCUGGUGUUGGUGUCGGUGUUGCUCUACUUCGCUGUUUCUCUGAUGGACCCUGGGUUCAUCUUGUCUGAUGACAGCGAUUUGCAGUUCACGCUGGGAGUGACUGAGGAGCAGCAGGACAUGAUCCCACCCACUUCCAAAUCCCUGCGACAGCGGCGCUGUGGCCACUGUCUGCUUCAGCAGCCAAUGAGAUCAAAGCACUGCCAGACGUGUCAGCACUGUGUCCGGCGUUACGACCAUCACUGCCCGUGGAUCGAGAACUGUGUCGGCGAGAGAAACCACCGCUGGUUUGUGCUUUAUCUGGCCGUGCAGCUGCUGGUGCUGCUGUGGGGUCUGCACAUAGCCUGGACGGGUUUCAGCUACGUGCCCACCUGGCAGCUGUGGCUGCGUACUAACGGCAUGCUGCUGGCCGUCGCCAUGCUGGUGGCUCUGCUCUCGCUGAUCGUGCUGCUACUGCUCGGCUCCCACCUCUACCUGGUCUCUCUCAACACCACCACCUGGGAGUUCAUGUCACGCCACCGCAUCUCCUACCUCAAACACUGCGGUGCCGACGAAAACCCGUUCGACCGCGGCACCUUCCACAACCUCUGGGGUUUCUUCUGUGUGUGGGGCUCGGUGGUGUGGGAACAGGUGUACUUCAGAGAGGGCAGCGACCAAGUCUAGACUGGAUCCCAAUCAUUAACAACUUCCAAAAACCUUUCUGGAUUGAGGAAUCACAUAUGACCACAAAGUUGGGCGAUAAACUAUCCUUGUGUGCAGGUUACCUUUAUAUAGGCACUUGUAUUGUUGUGCCAUAACUUUGUAACACUUCCUAUCUUCUUGAACAUCUCUCCUGUCAGUGGUUCUGUACUGCAGCACAUUGCUUACUUGUGUUGUUUUGUUUUUUUUCAAUCUCUCUCGCUGUCAAUACACUAAAAAUUGUCCCAACAUGUGCCCAGAAAGAGCUUCCUGCUCCUAGUUACCAUCUGUGUGGACAACAGGUUACCAGCACUACGUCGCCUCGUCCCAACUGUUGUUUGCAAUCAUUCAAGUAUAGCAUUGCCCUAAAAAUAGGAAACCAUCCACAUUAUCUGCAGGCACUUUACUGCUGUGUUUAAAGGCUCUGAGUGAAAUCAGUCAUAAAUCCCUGUUGACUCAAGCUUAGUCUUUGUUGAUGCACCCACAUCCCACUUUGACCUCACUCCUGCUUCCCCCCCACUGGAACAACAUGCUUUGUCUCACAUGGUAAUCCUGACUGAUGGACUGUUAAUCAAUUCUGAAGUUUACUUUUUUUUAUACAUGUCAAAUACUGCAUUUGAGUGAAAAAAGACUUGUUUUAGAUGCAUGUGUAGACAAUCCUGAUCUAUGGUUUCUCUCUUCUGAUUUUUUAAAAUUGGUACAUUUGUCAUUUUUUAGUGUAGAAAGUUUUAUUGUUUCAUGUGAUAACUUGCUGUAUGUUAUUUACUCUGCAGAGAGGUUUACAGGGUCCACUUGCUUCAACAGCUUUUGUUUUGAAAGAAAAAGCUGUUAAAGUGAGAGAACGACACAUUAUUUAUUUAUUUAUUUAGAGAACCUGAGCUGGUUUGAUAUUUGAAGGUGUGAAAACUGAAGCGUACUGUUCCUUGCAUUUAAUCCAACCAUGAUGUACAGGAUGCUUCGACUUUCAACGGACAGCAUUUCAAGCUGUUUUAUAUUGUAAAUCAUUUUUAAACUAUUUUGAACCAGAAAACGGCUUUAGAUUUUUGUAUUGACUGUUUUAACAGAGUAACUCAAAGAAUACUGUGGAGCAGUAAGAGGAAGUAGAGAGCUUUGAGUGCAAUAUAUACAGUAGUUUGGUAUUUCCAUAUGAGCUUUUCCUUGUGCAAUAGUAACCUUGUAAGAGAGCAAUAAAUGUGGUGAUACGUUUAAUGUACAGCAGUAGUGUUGGACUAAAUGCAGAUUGCCUCCAGUUUGAGCUGUGGUUUAUAUGAAUUAACAUUUAAUUCAUGUUGUGUACUUUUGAAGUUAUAUGCAAUACUGUCAUGCAAUGUUUUUUACUACUUUGAAAAUACUGUAUACAUUAAUAAAUAAAUGUUUCAUGAAGACA